AUGGCCCCCAACGUCGCAAUUGUCAUCUACACCAUGUACGGCCACAUCGCCAAGGUGGCCGAGGCUGAGAAGGCCGGUAUCGAGGCUGCUGGCGGCAAGGCGACCAUCUACCAGGUCGCGGAGACGCUCCCCGAGGACAUUCUCAAGCUCAUGCACGCCCCCGCGAAGCCCGAGUACCCUGUCCUCGCGCCCAACGACCUCGCCGACUUCGAUGCAUUCCUCUUCGGUAUCCCUACCCGUUACGGAAACUUCCCUGCCCAGUUCAAGGCGUUCUGGGACGCUACCGGUCAGCUCUGGGCUGGCGGCAAGCUCGCUGGCAAGAGCGCCGGCCUCUUCAUCUCGACCGCUUCUCCCGGUGGAGGCCAGGAGUCUACCGCUGUCGCUGCGAUGAGCACAUUCGCCCACCACGGCAUCUCUUACGUCCCGCUCGGCUACGCCAACGCGUUCGCUCAGCUCACCAACCUCUCUGAGGUCCACGGUGGCUCGCCCUGGGGUGCUGGCACCUUCGCUGGUGGCGAUGGCUCGAGGCAGCCGUCGGCUCUUGAGCUCGAGAUCGCUACGAUCCAGGGCAAGAGCUUCUACGAGCACGUCUCCAAGCUCUACAAGUAA